AUGAGGUCCCUUGACUCUCGUUACCGUCUCAUGGAAACUCAUUGUCAGAGGUUUAAUGGAUGCUUGAAGAAAAUUGAAUAUCGCAAUCCUAGUGGGACACAAAUCCAAGAUAGGUUUGGUAAAUUUGAUGAUAAUGUGUCCCAACCACAAUCUCGUCGUCGGGAUUUCGAUAGCCUCAAUGACUCUUCCAAGUUCGACGUUCCAUAUGAUGGACAACCAACACUAGAGUCUCCGGGAUUGUCGUCUUUUAGUCCUCAACAAAGCGACGAUGGUGUUGGUGGAACAUCCUCUCAACGUCCAAUGGGAGCGGAGAAAGCAAGAUUCAAGAAGAAAAAUGAAGACCAAUUUUGCCAAUAUUUUCAAACUCUAAAUGCUAAAAGUGAUACUAUUGUUGAUUUGUUGCAGAAAGCCGAUGAACGUCAAAAUAUCCAGCUUCAAUUGCAGAAACAACAAAUCGAUUUGCAGAAAAAGAGUGAUGAAGAUAGAAUUUUGAUGAUAGAUUUGAAUUCCGUUACGAAUCCCAUGAUAUGUCGACAUUGGGAACAAAAACAAAUGCAAAUUUUACAAGAAAGAGAAAUUGAGCAACAACAAUAUCAAGCAACACAACCAUCAUCUAACACGGGUCAAUUUGGAUUUCUCGACGACAUCGGGCAUGACGGAAGAAAUUUGAAAGAUUAUUAUAGUGACAAUUAA